CUACUGAAGAAUCUACUAAUUGUUCUGGUACCUAGAAUUUAAAGAAACAACCCCCACAAAAUGCCCCACCACAAACGCGCACAGCUCCUCGAAGCCGCAACAGCGUUUUGCACCAGCUUCGCGGAGAAAAAGCCCCUAGACGAGAUCCUCGACCACUUCUCCGCAUCCCCAGACAUCCUCGCCUACGAGCACAGAUUAUCACAGCUCGCGCCGUUUCUCGGGCGAGAGUUCCGCGGACGCGCGGGCGUACAGAUGUAUUUCGAGAAGGUGUCGUCGUGUCUAGACUACGAGGACAUGCGGUUCGCGGACUACGUUGUGGACGCGAUGGAGAGCCGGGUCGCGGUGCGGGGGACGGCGCGGUUCACGUGGGUGGCUACGGGGGAGAGCUGGGAUGAGGUUUUCGCGUAUGCAUUGGUGUUUGAUGAGGGGUGCAGGGUGCUGCGGUAUGAGAUUUGGGCUGAUUCUGGUGCGGCGUAUCUUGCGAGUCAGGGGCGGCUAAGGGAGGUAAGGGGGGAGUGAGUGGACGUAGUGGGAUUGUUGGAGUGUGAAAAGAAAGUAUAUAUUUUCAUAAGCUCAAAUAGGUCGCUAUUUUAUA